AAUAAAAAUGUUAGGUAACAUGAAAUUCGUAAUUUUUAAUACAAAUUACUUAUGAGAUUUUCGAUAAAGAGGAAGUAAGUAAUACUACAAGUUCUGUCAAAGUAUUUCUGCCAAACUAUUUGUGUGCACAAAACCAAGCCCUAACUUACUUCACUUUUUAAACAGCAAAUAUUUCUCUUCCUAAACUUGCAACUACCUAAGCUGUCAGUUUCCUCGGUUCGCCGAUAGAUGGCAACACGCGCAGAGAGUAUUGAUUUUCCCAUUGUUGUAGGUGGUAAGUAGCGCUUGCCGGGAAAUCGAUAUUUAUUCUGGACGUCAGAACUGGAAAAACCAUUUCGCUGAGAGUUUUUCGGGGAAAUAUCUCGUGUUUAUCGUUAUUAUUAUAAAGAAAGUUACAAAAUACGAACUUACGCUUCGUUGUUUUGCGAUUAACAAGUGAAUUGACAAACAAUUACUAUUUUGACCUUCAUAAUUGCGCAUCGUGUGAAAUGAUUAUAAACGGGUGAUCAAAAUUUACGUGACGCUGUUGAUUGUUUCGCUUGAUAGUUUAUUUGCUGCUUUAUUAUGCGUUCGCUUGCCGCGGUUCAUGGGGUGGAUCCCUUGCCCGAAUUAGGCAUUCCAUCGGCCAUUCAACAUCAGGGUGACGGCAACCCGGACGGUGAUAUGGCCGGCGCGCAGGACACUAUCUACCUGUGCAAUUUCCGCGUAUCCGUUGACGGAGAAUGGCUCUGUCUAAAAGAAUUACACGAUAUGGAAAUGCAGGAUUCAUUCCAUCGCCCAUCUGCCCAAGGCACCAUUACAUCGCCUGACGAUCCGAUGAAUACUUUGAUGGCACGGGAUCCUGUUGUAAUCGAACGCAGCAAUCUUGUGAACAUCUCGAAACUAAUCGUGAAGGAGCUGAUCGAACAAUCUCUCCGCUAUGGUAGGAUGCUUGACAGUGAUCACUUGCCCCUGCACCACUUCUUCAUUGUGCUCGAGCAUGUUAUGCGUCAUGGACUCAAACCCAAGAAGGGAUUACUUGGACCCAAGAAAGAGCUAUGGGACAUCUUGCAAAUGGUUGAGAAAUACUCGCCGGAAGCCGCGGACAUUACGGCUAGCGUCAGGGACCUCCCCACUGUGAAGACCGCGAUGGGUCGUGCUAGAGCUUGGCUGAGGUUGGCUUUAAUGCAAAAACGGCUGGCCGACUAUCUUCGUAUUCUCUUGGAACACCGUGAAGAUACGUUGGAAGAAUACUUUGAGCCCCAUGCUCUGAUGCUCAAUGAAGAAGCUGUCAUCAUUACUGGUCUCCUAGUAGGCCUCAACGUCGUCGAUUGCAAUUUGUGUGUGAAGGAGGAAGAUCUAGACAGUCAACAAGGCGUAAUAGACUUCUCGCUUUAUUUACGCGGCAGUAAUUCGUCCAAUGACCUAGCCGGCAAUGGUAACGGUGAUUCAGAACCGAAACAACGCCACAUCAACACAAUGCUAGACCAGAAGAAUUACAUCGAGGAGCUCAACAGACAUCUCAAUGCAACAGUAGCAAACCUCCAAGCUAAGGUUGAGAGCUUGACUACAACGAAUGCAUUAAUGAAGGAAGACCUGGCAAUAUCCAAAAACACGAUGAUUCAAUUAGUUGAGGAAAACAAUCAACUAAAACAUGCUCUUGGGCAAGACAUAACCAAAGACACCAGGAUGAAAGUGACGGAAUUGCAGUCUGAUGAAGAGGAGAAACGUAGCGUCAAAAGUGUGGCUUCUGAUAAAUCCAAAAAUGAUAGCGAGGCAAGCAAAAAUUUGGAAGAAGAAAGGAAGAAGUAUUUGGAACUGCAAAGGGAACUGGAUUUACAGAUUUCACUCAAAGCAGAAAUGGAGGUGGCAAUGAAAUUGCUAGAGAAAGAUAUACACGACAAACAGGACACAAUAAUAUCGUUGAGAAGACAACUCGACGACAUAAAACUAAUCAACCUAGAGAUGUACAAAAAAUUACAGGAAUGUGAAAGUUCCUUGAAACAUAAAACUGAGCUAAUAGCCAAAUUGGAAGCAAAGACUGAAUCAAUGGGCAGCACCAUACAUCAACUCGAUGAGAAGUUGCAAGAAGAUAAGUUAGCUAGGAAGAAUUUAGAAGACAGUGCUCGCUCACUGGGACAGAAGGCAGCCGCCGCGGAAACCAGGGCUGUAGCGGCAGAAGGAGACCUCAGAAUAGAACGAGAAUGGAGGGUGUCCUUACAAGAAUCAAUGAUGCGGGACCGCGAUAAGAUAUCGAUGUUGACACAAGAAGUGGAGUCUCUCAAAUCAAUAGGACAGAAAUACCUCUCACUGCAAGAAGAACAGCAUGUAUUAAAGACUCAAUACGUGGAAGCGCAGAAGACGCUAGAAGAAGUAGGAGCGACACUGAGCGAGAAUAAACUACAACUAGCUGAGUUGUUGGAAAAGGAGGCACAAGCACAAAAUGUUGAGGAGCCCCCAACAUGGACGCAUGAUAAAGACGCCACAGCUUGUACUGCGUGUGCCAAAGAAUUCUCUAUUGCUAGGCGAAAACACCACUGCCGUCGGUGUGGCCAUAUAUUCUGUGCAUCGUGCAGCGACAAAACAGUCGCGUUAGCUGGCAACACCAAACCUGUGAGAGUAUGCGACGCGUGUUACGCUGAAGUGAGACUAACGUAGCUAAUACAAUUAUUGUAGAAUAGAUUAAUAUAUUAUUAGAAUUGAUCAAAUUGACCAACAUACAUUGAUAAAACUUAAAAUGAUCUAACAAUGGUAGGGAAUCUGUUACGAAAUUAUUAAACAGUAACUAAUGAGUACGCAAUCGGAUAUUUAAUUCCACUUUACUAGUACAGUGACGCACUAAACAACCGGACUAUACGAGUAAUAAUUGACAACAGAAUGUAAUUUAUUAAAUAUUUUUUAUGACCGUCAACUUUAGGUGCCCUUAUGUUCGUGUUAUGGCGGGAAUUUUUGCCUUUGUGUGCGAUACACAAGAAAGUACACACAUCCAUCAUGUCUGUUCUGUGCACUAAACGUUACGUGUCAAAUCAAACGAAAUAUUUGUAAGAAACUAUGUUAAGAAGACGGGAAUUUUAAAUGAACGAACUUAUAACUGCCAUAAAAUUAAAUGAAUUGGUCAAUUUGAACGUGUCCUUAACAGAGUUCGUAUGUUGUUUAUUUUUAUUAUUAUACGUACGAUAAAUAAGGAAGUCAACCGAGAUUUUUAUAAUUGUUUGUUGACCACAGCAAGUUUUAAGACUGACGUUAAACUUCAGUAGGUGAAUCGUUGUCGGUAUACUAAGUGGGUAGGGGUACAGCAUUAAAUAAAUGUAUCAAUAUAAAACUAGAAAACAUCUAUAUAAACGUAUGCAAACCUCGUGGGAGACAUGGGUAAUUAAUUAUGUACUAGAAAAUACACUCAAUGCGCCCUUAACUCGUCGAGUACCGUCAUUAUAGACACAAUUAUAGAACAAUAGGUUGCGGUCACCGGUGACCGCUUGGUGUUUGGCAGUUUAACCAACGUACUUGUAUGACGUGGUGCAUGAAUGUGAUAGAAACUAAAGUGGAUAUGUAAGAAUCGUAGAUCUCUUUGGAUCUUACCACUUGAUUAGACCACUUUAGAACACUCUUCUCAGUUUUUUGUCACCAUGACACCUUUCUACUAUCAUACCUAUUCGUAAUGAGUGUUUAAUGCUGUAUCCAUUCACUUACUUAGUAUCACCAGUUAUUUGAAUUUUAAAAGUGUUCAUUACUAGACUCAUGUUAAUACAUACUCCAAAGACUUCCUAUAAAAAAUGCAUUAAUUAAAAUUACAACAUUCUAAUAUUUCAGCUCAAAUAAUACUUGAAAUAAAUAAUAAUAAUUACGUUAAUGUAUAAAAGUAAUAUAUUUCGUUACAAAAUCAGCUCGAUUAAUUAAUUAGGCUUUCUGUGUGUUGUAGACCUUAUAAUAUUAAAAAUAAUUUGCAUAAAAAUAAUAUUGUUUCUGCUACAAUGUUUAUUGUAUUGCCAUAAAACUUUGAUCUCACGCGGGUUAAAUGGCAUAAUUGGAUGAAAUCUAAAAUGUCUAGGUUAUAUAGAACAAAUUAUGCGAAUAAUGUAUGUUAUAGUAUAUUAUAUGGAUAUUAACGAGUAUUGAUAUUAUUAUGAGUAAAAUAUAUAAAUUAAUCAUUUUUUAAUAUACAUAACUUUGUUGUACCUGGAGUUACGCAUUGACAAAGAUAAUUCACUAGCGCAUUAUCGUGAUUUGUCCUAAAUCAUUUAUUUAAGAUCUCCUUGCUUUUGGUAUACAACUACAUGAGAUUCAUACCACAAAUGAGUAUAGAAAUGUAUCAUUUGAAAUCUUUGAAGCAAGACUUAUUUCUUUAUAGUACAAAACAUUGUUAUUUAUGACUAUUUAUUAUUUCAUAUACGUACAAUUUCUUUUAACACUUGUAUUAUAUUUUUUUUAUAUAUGAAAUUCAUAUUUGUCAAUGAAGAUGUAAAAAAAUAAUUGUUACAAUAAAAUCCACAAAAUCAAAUAAAAAUAAUAAUUAUCAUAGAACCGAAUGAACCAAGUACAAUUAAUUGGCCUACAAAGAAUAAAUGUACUAUUUUUUAACUUUGUAAAUAUUUAUUUUAAUAUAGCCGUACCUUUUAACUGCCUCCAAUAACGAAUAAUUAAUUAAUUUUAAUUGUAUUAUUUUUAACGGACAUCAUCCAUUCUGACCAAUAAAAUGAAUUACAAUAGAAAAGAAAUUUAAUAACCAGAUUAUAAUAAAAGGGUCUAUAUAGGUUAUCAUAAUUUUACAAAUGACAAGAAUGAAUCUAAUAAAAUUAAAUUUGACAGCCAUAUUUUUAAAAUGUAACGGCAGAUCGGAGCUAGUGAUGUCCCUAAUAGCUUAAUUAUGUUAUAAAUGAAUUUGUAAUGCAACUUUAGAGAUCGUUUUGUCAAAAUUUAUUGUUGGUAGAUAUUAUUAUUAUAUAAUGUGUGGUGCUUAAGUUAUUAUUAUUGUGUAUAUUAUUAUAUAAAUGUUAAUGGAAGACACAUUGAAUGUUGUACAUAAUCCGCUGUUUGUAUAUUAGUUAUGGAUACAUAAUCUGGACAUAAAGAUAUCCGAAUUUAAUACGAAAUUUGGUUUUUAUUUCGCUUAAAUUAUAAGUACAAUCUUUUGUACCUACAACAAAUAGCAAAUAGUCUUGCUUAACUAACGACAAUAACAAAACGAUUAAUAAUAAUAUUUCUAACUUCUUAUUAAGGUAACACUUUAUGCUAACAUGAUUGCAGAUAUGAGAAGAAUAACAGCAUCUAAAAAUAUUCCUUAACUCACUCAUAUUGAAUGAUUUCAUAUAACACUUUGAGAAGAGAAGAAAUCUCUUCAACAUAACUUCAU